UCAGCAGAAUCCUGUGAAAAGUUAUUAAUGCAUGUGUAUUUGUAUUACAUUAUGCCAUAAACAUGUUAUAAGAAGAAUGUAGUAUACUUCUAAGUAUCUCACUUGUUUUAUCAGCAUACACUGGAGACAAUAGUAACAGCUACAUUGCAUCAUCACGAUAACAUAAAAUAUUUGAAACUUAUUUUGAGAUUUACUACUAUGGUUAAGGAGGAUGUGUUGGAAAAAGGAAAUUAUAUUGAAGGCAACAGGAAAGCAAGCUUUUCACUGUAUAGUUUCUGCAAAAAUAAUUCAGUAAAAGUUUCCUGGAUGCAAUGGAAUAUUCCCGUUCUUCUUCCCUCUUCUCUUCUGUAGAAGUUAAUAAUGAUGUGGUUCCCCUAAAUGAUCUUACACACCAAGCACAAGGUUCUGUAAUAAUGGCCAGUAGAGGCUCUACAGACUCCCUUUUAGCAUCAUGGGGAUCUGAUGAAUCAACUUCAAGUAGCUCAGGACAUGACUUUUCCCAUUCCAUAUACCCAUUUAGAGGUCCAAAAGCCAGAGACUGCAGUGGUGCUAAACAUUUGUUGCCUUCUGAAAGAGUGAAACAGGAAUUUGUGGAAGGAUCAUUAGUAAGUGUUAGUUCACAUGUAGAUGGAGAAUGGUGUGACACUACAACGUUACUGGCAGACCCAGAAAAUUUUGAAACCUAUGACAAUCGGCAGCGAAAAAGAGUACUUAGUGAAGGAGAGAAUGAUGAAAAUAAAGAACGACCACGAAAAGCUCUACAACCACCAAUAAGUUCAAUUGAAAAUAGAAAUCAUUCAGCUGCACUUAGUACUAAUAAUUUUAUUUAUGAUGGAGCUAGCAGUACUUCAGGCUACUCUGAGAUUGAAGUACAAAGUUCAAGUUUGUGCUCUGUUCAAGAUUUAGAAAACUUUGCAAGAAGUUCUAAUUCAAAUGUUGAGGACCACCCAGUAUCUGAAACACCAGAAGUAAUAAUGGAUACUUCUUCUGAAAGUGACAGUGAUAUUGAUAUAGUAAGUCUUCGCACUUCUGUUUUAAGGAACACUAGGCCUUCAAACUGCAGCAUUAAAGUAGCAGGAGCUCAGUACCAUGAUCACAGCUACACUGGGGCAAGAGAAAGGCUUCAUUCAUUGAACACAGCUUUCUGGACCAGCAACACUGAUGAUUCUUCAGUAAGAAGGAUGAGAGAGGACAAGUCAAGGAAAUCUUCAGUUAGAAGGAUGAGAGAGGACAUGUCGAGGAGAAGAGAAAACAUUCAAAGAUCUGGGCAUUUAGAUAACGACUGGCCAGUGGCUCCUGACUUACAGCUUGAUUGUUUAUCUUCAGAUGAUGAUGAUGACAGUGUAGAAGUAGUUAGUAUUGAAUCUCCAAGUAUCCUUCAAGCUGUUGACGUUGAUUCCCCGUGUGCCAGAGAAUUUCCUAGUAGUUCGGGGAAGGGUAGCUGUAGAUCAUCUUCUGAAAGAGAGAAGACAUUGUCAAGAAAUGGGGCCAGCUGCAGUAAUGAUAAUUGCCGACCUCAUUCAGACAGAUCUGCUGUUGUUGUGGAUCUCACAAAUUCAGAUGAUGAAGCUACUUCUCCCGUUGUUUCAACCCCUGAUGAACCUGUGAUGACAACUGUAACUUCUGUUUUUUCUAGUGAACCAACACAUUCCUAUUGUCAAGUGUAUAGUCGCCAGGUGCAAAACCAUCGACCUGUUCAUCCCCACAGCAACUACCACUCGUCAAAUUACCCAUCACAUCCAGUACCUAUUGUACAAUUCCCAACAUGUAGAUUUCAUACAAGUCAACAACCCAUAGGUUGUCAUGAAGCCACAGAUUCUUGUCUAAGAAAUCAAACAUCUGGUGGAACUGGGGAAUCGUGUCGGUCAUUUAGUAAUUGUUUUGGGCACACACAUCCUGUUAAUGCUGCAUCUUGUCCUCACAGCCAUGUCUAUCCAAGUGCUCCAAGUCCACAUUUAGCUUACAUGCCACCAGGAGUCCACACUCCAGGACCACAUCCUUCUGUUAAUCCAACACAGCACCCACCAUUUCCCCAUUUUUAUAAUCCUCCUCCAACUCCAAAUCUUCAGGACCUUUCUCCACACCCUCGCCAUCAUCCUCCAGGACUGGCUCACAUGAACCCAACCCAUCAACGUCUUUGGCAGGCCCAACAACGUAUGCAAGAAAUGCAAAGGAGGAGGCUCUACCAACACACGAUCGGCUUAUACAUGCACAGAAGAUUGAUGGAACCACAAACUACACCUGCUCCUGGUUUCUACAUUUGUCCUGAAGCUGUUCCAGGUGUUUCCAACUCAGCUGUUCCCCUGGCACCAGCAGUUAGUUGUACUCCAACCAUACCACCAGGCGGACAAGCUCCCAACCACUUAGCACAAACAGGAGGAAUGGUAUCUACACACAACCCAAUAUUUGGAGCCUGUCAUUCUAUCCCCGUGACAGCUACCACUCCAGGUCCCCAAGGACUUGCUCAGACCUCUAUUCCUGGUCCCUCUUGUACCCCGUCCAUACCUCUGUCUGUUCAAACACCUAACACUCUUCCUUCCCAGCAUCCACUUCCUCCUCCUCCUUCAACAGAUAUCAUGAUGGAUCCCACAGUCAAUGUGCAGACUGAAGUAGUGAUUCCAAGCUCUGGGAGUGAUAGUGGUCACUCUCAUGUACACCACCACAUUCAUCAGCAUCAUUACCACCACCCGCCUCCUCGUCUACACCACUUUGGUGUACCUCCCGGCUUGCACAUUGGAAUUACAGCUGGAGUGCCAGUUAGUCAGAGAGUGCCAGACAUGUUUACCAUUCCAACUCUGCCAGAUAUCCCUCCGUCAAUGCCUAUAUACCCUCACUACAUGCCCUUCUUCCCACGACAUGUUCAGGCAAGACUAGAGGAUUAUAUGAGAAUUGUUGAACAGCGUAGAAUGGCAGUAAAUAGAGGAGCUACUCAAGCAACCAUUGAACAGAAUACUUUUCCACAUAAAUAUAAAAAGCUACAGAGAAGUGAAGGAGAAGAUAAUAUUGAAAAAUGUACCAUUUGCUUGAGUGAAUUUGAAAAUAACGAAGAUGUCAGACGUCUCCCUUGUAUGCACCUCUUCCAUAUAGUGUGUGUUGACCAAUGGUUAACCACCAACAAACGUUGUCCAAUCUGUCGAGUGGAUAUUGAAGAACAUCUAAAGGAAUUUUCGUACACUUAAUUUUCUUCCUAGCCAUAUAGCAGAGAAGAGAGUGCAUUUAGUCACAUUUUAAUACCAUGCACAAAUUAUUGCUCGUUUCUUUUACCUUUCUUCUUUCAAGGCUGUUCAGAAUAUUUUAAAAGCCAUCAUGAAUUAUCCAUUGAUUCUUCAAUUUGGCUUAACAAGCAGGAUUAUUAAAUGAUAUUCCAGAUAAAAAAUCUACACUAAUAUUAAGUUUUAACACUUCAAUCAUGUAUUAGAAUACUUUUCUUAAACUGUAUAUAAUGAUAAGUUAUAAAUCACUCAUUAGCCUGAACAAUUUUUAUUUAGUUUUCAUUGUGUUGUCACAUUUGUGUCAAAAACGUUAUGCACCUACAAUGUCUUAAUUUUGGUAAUAAUUUUUUGUAGUGAAAUAGGCAUAACCUAGAUUCUAAAUUGGUUAUUACAGUGAACAAAUCUAGUAAUAUCUUAUUGAAAUACAAGUUAAUUUUUUUUUAAAUGUGGUUUUGUAUUUAGAGAAUUCAUGUGAAAGCUGUUAAUUCCAUGAAAUGGUGUUCAUGAUCUAUUUUGUGCACAGUUGUGGUAUAGCUAAAACACUGUCGUGCCUCUGUUGAAUUAUCAUAAUUAUUACAGAUUGUGUGUUAUUGUUCCAUAAAAAUGAGUAGUGGACUAACAGAAACCAGUAUAUUUUAACAACCAACUUGUGAGAAAGACUUUGGUUUUACUGUUCUUUUUUGUACCAUCUGAGAUUUAUUUCAGUUUGAUUCUUCCUGAUUAUAUAUCAAACAGAUGAGUAUUCAGUGCAUGAAAUUUGAAUGUUUUUGUUUUUAAUUGUGUAAAUAUGAAACAUGCUAAAAUAGGUUAUAUUAAUGAAGAUUAAAAUUAAGUGGAAAAAGGUAUUUAUCAGUCACAUGAUAUCGACAUUAUUAUCAUUGGUUUUGCGAGUAUACUUUUAAAAACCAUAUGAACCAAAGCACUGAUUCUGAUAGUUAAACCUUUAUACAUAUGUGUGUGUGUGUAUUAUUAUGAUUAUUUUGUAAAUAAUUUGUUUUUACAAUUCCCUUCCAAGGGGAGAAGAGCUUUUUGUUAAUUUUCAGGAAAUUAUUUUUAAAUUUAUGCAAAGGAUUAUUAGUUUCUCAAAUCUGUUUAGCCUUUUAGUAAUGAAUACAUUCCUAUCAGAGCAAGCUACCUUCUUCAAUUAAGAAUCAACCUGGUAGUGUGUAUAGUUGAUAAAAUCAAAUCAUGAAUGUACAAUUUAACAAGAACAGAUAAAUAAUUAGAAGAAAAAAGUGAUUUAAAAUUGUUUUGUUAUCUUGCUCAGUCUUUCUUAUCGCAAGCACUUUACAAAUUAAAUUUUCUGUAUCUUCAGAUUAAAUUGAUAUGUUACUCAGAAUUUUUUUUUACCAAAUACAUUAAUGUCUAAUAAGGGUUUUUGGGCACGUAUACUGGUAAUAUUUCAGUAACAAAAUAAGGUAAAAUGGAAUCACGAUUAUGAUGAUUGAAGUGUAUUUGGUGUAAUUAAAUGCUGUUUUAAUAACAUGUAUUGAUUUUUACAAUUACUGAUUAUUUUUAUAAAAUUCUGUCACAAAGGUGUUUUUUAUAAAAAUCAUGAAUUUCAACUAAUAUGUUUUCGUUUAAUUAUUCAGUAAAGUUAUAAUGAGAGCAUUUUCUGUAUACGGCACAGGUAAAUAACUUGAGAGGACUAUUAAUUAGAUAAAAGUAAAGGAGGUCUUGAUUUUGAAGAGGAUUUAAGGACAAAAUAAUUGAAGAAUAUGAUCUAUGUGAGGGAUUCUCAUAAUACGUCACUAUCUAUCUUGUCCCACUGAUAUAAAAAAAACUAUUAAGAUGUGUCACUUUUCUUUUUUAACAGUCAUCUACUGUAAGACAUUAUUCUUAGCUGCUGUUGUGAACUGUAAUUUUGAAGUACUCUCCUAACUUUUUUAAAACAACCCAUAUUUCUCAUGUACCAACUUUGAAUACAAAACUUGUGUCAAAAAAGUUGUUUCACCGAUACCAGAUCCAUAAUAAGUUAUGAUGUAAGCUGUUGUGUGUUUUGAUUGUGUAGCUCUUAUAUUCUGAAGUAAUCAUUCUGACUUGUUCAAACUUUUCUGUGUUAACUGAGAGUAUAAAUUGUGUACAAUCAACAGUGUAAGUACAUUGUUACUGACAGCUAUGUAAAAGAAUGUGAGCAUUAAAAAAGCAGGUAAACAGAAUUACAAAUUAGUAUACGAGUUGUAAAUGUUGUUUUUUCUCUCAUGACAGCAUUUAAUCCACAUUGUAGGUAUCUGUGAUUGAAAAUGGUACACACAAGAAAAUGAUGACCUUGUAAUUUUUUUAGCAUUUAUUAUUUGUAUUAAUUCUAAUUUCUGUACUGUGUUUGUACCUUGUUUGGCUUGGCUGUUUGAAGUAUCUAAUGCCAGAAUGAAUUACAGAGGGUCUGAAUUGUACAUGUGUAUGUAAAAAGCUCAAGCACUGGUAGUUUUGUAUAGAAGUAUUUGCAUUUUUUGUGUGUGUGAAUUUGAAUUAGGUUCCCAUUGUGGGCAUACUAAUUAAAAAAAAAAAAGGCUUUCUAUAAAAGUGCCAAUUAUGUUCUGAAAUAUUAAUAUAAACUACUUUUUGUUUUUAGUCUGUACAGAAGUUUUUUAAUCUAUUUUGAUUCAUGGCUGCCUAUUCUUCAAUUAAUGCGGGUUUGGAGUGUUUGAUGAUUGUCACACCUCAUUUAUUAUAUAUUUGGUUUCUUGAGUUCUUGGCUUUUAAAUAAAGUCGUCUUACUUUCAGGA